UUGUAGAUGGUAGAGGAUUUAGGAUAUUUAUUCAUAAUCUGAUGCUGUUUGAAUUUUUCAUUCAUUAUCAAAUUUUACUUGGUUAAUCGGGAAUAAUACGAUGUACACAACUCCAUGGAAUCUAAGUACCGAAAGUCAAUUAUCAGAAAUUAAAAGCGAUAAUUCUACAGCUACAAAUCUUAAUGACUCGUCGCUCGAGCGGACAAUAGAGGUGAUAAUCCUAUCAGUAAUAUCAUUAAUAGCUUUAAUGGGGAACGUUUCAGUGUGUUUAGUAGUAAUUAAAACAAUGGAUUUGAGAAGAGCUUCCAAUUCCCUGGUACUUUGCCUAGCAACCGCAGACAUUUUAGUUGCUACGUUCAACAUGCCGAUGAUGAUCGUUACCAUAGCAACCGGAGAUUGGAUGUUUUCAAAUGAGGCAUGCGUUGCGACAGGGUUCAUUGGGAUGACUUUGCUUAUUGCAAGCGUUCUUUCAUUGGCUGCAAUCAGUGUGGACCGUUACAACAUUAUCUGCCAUGUUGCAAAAUUUCAACAGAAAAAGAAAUCCACGGCAAUCAUGAUCAUAGGUGUGUGGGUAUUCUCUCUACUGCUCGCCUCCCCUCCGCUGUUUGGCUGGGCUGAGUAUGGAUAUCGGCCUCGACAGAGCGUCUGUUUUUGUCUGUGGACAGCUAGUGUUUCAUACACAUUCUUCAUGGUUGGCGCAUGCUUCGGUCUCCCUUGCAUUGUUAUGUCUUGCUGCUACAUCCGGGUAUUAUGGACUGUAAAAAAAAGCAGGCAGCGCAUAGAAGCAAUGGAUACUAACACAAAACAGAUAUCCAUUCUGGAGAUGCCCAACCUGACUAACCAUUUGACCUUUCCAGUGAACCAUGAUACGCUACCAAGUGUACACCAUGAUGAAAUAACUGUCAUGGAGAAUGAAAUAAAUACAAAGGAUGUUAACAGUAUGCCGAAAGAAUCUUUGACUCCCUGUGACCCAAGAAUCCCCGGACUCGAGAUCAUGCAACACAGGACCAAGAAAAAAGUCAAAAAGAAACGAGAAGAAAUACGAUUCACGUUGUCUUUGGUUGUAGUUGUGUUUGUAUUUAUCAUCUGCUGGCUUCCAUAUUGUAUAGAAAUGUUUUACAGUGUCUUUUCAAAUCAAUCAACCCCGAGAAGUGUUGCUUUGCUGACCCAGUUGCUGGGAUACCUGAAUUCGGGUAUAAAUCCUAUACUAUACGGAGCAUUGAAUAAACAAUUUAGAGACGGUUAUUCAAAAAUUUACCGCCCAUUGCUCAAUAGAUGUCACUGCUAAUACUAUGAUAAAAUCGACUUUCUAACGAG